CCUGGGCGGCCGCCGUGGCGGGGCGGGGGCUGUAAGAUGGCGGCGGCCGGGCGGCGGUGAGGCGUGAGGCGCCAUGUCGGGCCGGCAGGGCAACAAGCUGCCCAGCAACCUGCCGCAGCUGCAGAACCUCAUCAAGCGCGACCCGACCUCCUACACCGAGGAGUUCCUGCAGCAGUACCACCACUACCAGUCCCAUGUGGAGAUCUUCACCUUCCAGCCCGACAAGCCCAGCAAGGAGCUGGCGGAGCUCGUCAUGUUCCUGGCGCAGGUUGCCCACUGCUACCCGGACCAAAUGGCCAACUUCCCGCAGCAGCUCAAAGACCUGCUCUCGUACCACCACACGGUGCUGGACGCGGACCUUCGAAUGACCUUCUGUAAGGCUCUGAUGUUGUUAAGGAACAAGAAUCUGAUAAACCCCACAAGUUUGCUGGAGCUCUUCUUUCAGCUGCUGCGAUGUCACGAUAAACUUCUCCGAAAAACUCUAUAUACUCACAUUGUGACAGACAUCAAGAAUGUAAAUGCUAAGCACAAAAACAAUAAAGUAAACACAAUGCUGCAGAACUUCAUGUAUACCAUGUUGAGGGACAGUAAUCCCACUGCUGCCAAGAUCUCUCUGGAUGUGAUGAUUGAACUUUACAGAAGGAAUAUUUGGAACGAUGCGAAAACGGUCAAUGUCAUCACAACUGCUUGCUUUUCCAAAGUGACGAAGGUAUUAGUUGCUGGUUUGAAGUUCUUCCUUGGGAAGGAUGAAACUGAGAAUCAAGAUAGUGACUCAGAUUCUGAGGACGAUACCCCCACGGCCAGAGAUCUGAUGGUGCGGUAUGCAACUAACAAGAAAACGACCAAGCGCAAGAAGAAACUGGAAAAAGCGAUGAAGGUUCUCAGGAAACACAAGAAGAAGAGCAAGCCAGAGGUGUUCAACUUUUCUGCUAUUCACUUGAUUCAUGAUCCCCAGGACUUUGCAGAGAAACUGCUGAAGCAGCUGGAGAACUGUAAGGAACGAUUUGAAGUGAAGAUGAUGCUCAUGGACCUAAUAUCUAGGCUAGUUGGAAUCCACGAGCUUUUUCUUUUUAAUUUCUACCCCUUCAUUCAGAGAUUUCUACAGCCCCAUCAGAGAGAAGUGACAAAGAUUCUUCUGUUUGCGGCGCAAGCUUCGCAUCAGCUAGUACCACCUGAGAUUAUCCAGUCAGUAUUGAUGACCAUCGCCAACAACUUCGUCACUGACAAGAAUUCUGGGGAAGUCAUGACUGUAGGAAUCAAUGCAAUAAAAGAAAUCACAGCGAGAUGUCCAUUAGCCAUGACUGAAGAUCUGCUCCAUGACCUUGUUCACUACAAGACUCAUAAAAAUAAAAAUGUGAUGAUGUCUGCAAGAACUCUGAUACACCUCUUCCGUUCGCUGAACCCAGAGAUGCUACAGAAGAAAUACAGAGGUAAACCUACUGAAGCCUCAGUGGAAGCCAAGAUUCAUGAAUAUGGAGAACUGGAUGCCAAAGACUAUAUUCCAGGAGCAGAAGUACUGGAGGUUGUGAAUGAAGAGGAAAAAGGAAAAAACCUAGAGGAAGAUGGAUGGGAAAGUGCUAGUAUGAGUGAGGGAGAAGAUGAUGAAGAUGGAGAAUGGAUUGAUGUCCACCACUCUUCAGAUGAGGAGCAGCAAGAAGUGGCAGAGAAGAUGAAAAGCAUGCCUAUAGAGGAACGGAAGGCUAAAGCUGCAGCAGUCAGUACAAGCAGGCUGCUAACGCAAGAAGAAUUCCACAAAAUACGUGUUGCUCAGCUCUCCAAAGAGCUCAAUUCUGCACCGGGCAAAGCUGCAAAGAGGAAAAAUAUUGAAAUAGAUGAUGAAGAGGAGAGCAGGGGCGAGUUGCUUUCACUCAGAGAUAUCGAACAUCUACAUAAGAAGCCAAAGUCAGACAAGGAGACAAGAUUGGCAACUGCAAUGGCCGGAAAAACGGAUAGAAAAGAAUUUGUGAAAAAGAAAACAAGAAUGAACCCAUUUGCCAGUUCUACCAAUAAAGAGAAGAAAAAGCAGAAGAACUUCAUGAUGAUGAGAUACAGCCAUAAUGUCCGGACCAAAAAUAAGCGUUCUUUCAGGGAAAAACAGCUGGCUCUUAGAGAUGCGCUUCUGAAAAAGAAAAAACAUCUGCUGAAAUAAAAUGGUAAAGGAGAAGAACAGUUAAUCAUCCUUGAAGAAACAAGAAGCCUAGAAAUGCUUAUUUUCCCUUCUCUUAAGGGAAGAAAAAAGUACUGAAUUGCCUUAUGGAUUCAUCUCUGCUCUGUUCAGAAUUAUAAAUUGAAGGCUGCUGCGAAGUUAGAUAGUGCAUCAAUAGGAAAGACCAAAGAGGCCUUAAUCCUUGCAGACUUUUGGUUUUUAAAGCAUUCUAGGAAAUAAGGCAGUUGUCUUUUAUUGAAUAUAAUUUAUUUACAGCUGUUUUUGUAUGUGUAAGUAUUAAUUAAAACAUACAACCUCACUGUAAAAAAAA